AUGUCGAUUCUCUGUCCUCAAGCUUCAGCAUUGUCUACAGGUGUGCAAACACUCUUACAAUGGUCUGCAACUCCAUUUACUCAAGCCGGUCCUACAGGUGUUCAAUUACAACAGUUUACCCAAUCACCUCAACAACAACAGAUUCAAGCACAAGCUCAUCAGUUACAACCAGCUCAACAGCCAACUUAUAUCCAACAACAUCAGCAACAACCAACAAUGAUGGCAACUGACGUCCCUGUCAGUGGUCAACCUGAUACUGUAGCUGCAUGCUCCGAUGCUACUCCCCAGUUUAUCAUUCUGGCACCAGGAGCUCCAUUAAAACUCAUGACUGUUGGUCCUAACGGUCAGUUGAUUCAAACCACUGGUGUACCACAGUUUAUGCCCACUGCUUCUGUUGGAAUGCCUAUCAAUCAACCAACUGCUACUCUCCAACCUCAGCAAACAUCAGUUCAAGUACUCCUCAACGCCGAGUAA